AUGGCAAUCCAGAAGAUCCACGCACGCUAUGUCUACGACAGUCGAGGCAAUCCCACCGUGGAAGUAGACCUUGUCGACAGCACUGGGCAACACGAAGCAUGUGAGCUAAGGGAUGGCGAUAAAUCCAAAUGGAGCGGAAAGGGGGUUCUCAAAGCCGUCGCAAACGUCAAUGAAAUCCUUGGCCCUGCUGUCAUCAAGGAAGGAUUCGAUGUGACAGACCAGGCAAAGGUCGACGAGUUCUUGAACAAGCUAGACGGAACUAAGAACAAGACCAAAUUGGGCGCCAACGCUAUCCUCGGCGUCAGCUUGGCUGUUGCAAAGGCGGGUGCUGCGAAGAAGAACGUGCCUUUGUACGCCCACAUUUCCGAUCUUGCAGGGACGAAAAAGCCAUAUGUGUUGCCAGUUCCCUUCAUGAAUGUUCUCAACGGCGGAUCUCAUGCCGGUGGUCGUCUGGCUUUCCAAGAGUUCAUGAUCGUGCCCGCUGCUGCUCCGUCUUUCAGCGAAGCAAUGCGUCAAGGAAGCGAAGUGUACCAGCAGCUCAAGUCGCUCGCAAAGAAGAAGUAUGGUCAAUCCGCAGGUAAUGUUGGGGAUGAAGGUGGAGUCGCACCAGACAUCCAGACCGCAGAAGAGGCCCUAGAUUUGAUUACGGAGGCUAUCGAAAAGGCAGGAUACAAAGGGCAGGUGAAGAUCGCUAUGGACGUCGCGUCCAGCGAGUUCUACAAGGAAGACGCAAAGAAAUACGAUUUGGAUUUCAAGAACCCUGAUAGCGACAAGAGCAAAUGGAUCACCUACGAGCAACUUGCAGACAUGUACAAGUCUCUGGCCAGCAACUACCCCAUCGUCAGCAUCGAAGAUCCCUUCGCAGAAGAUGACUGGGAGGCAUGGAGUUACUUCUACAAGACAUCGGACUUUCAGAUUGUUGGAGACGACUUGACCGUUACCAAUCCCGAAUUCAUCAAGAAAGCGAUCGAGUUAAAAUCUUGUAACGCCUUGCUACUCAAAGUCAAUCAGAUAGGUACGCUCACGGAGUCGAUCCAGGCUGCCAAAGACGCUUAUGCAGCAGGAUGGGGCUUGAUGGUUUCGCAUCGUUCUGGGGAGACGGAAGACGUUACAAUCGCGGACAUUGCCGUAGGAUUGCGAUGCGGGCAGAUCAAGACAGGGGCACCUGCUAGGUCUGAGCGUCUAGCCAAGCUGAACCAGAUUCUCAGGAUCGAAGAGGAGCUUAGCAAAGAGACCCCAUCCGCCAUCUUUGCUGGUGAGAAAUUCCGAACAUCGGUCAAUAUUUGA